AUGACUAAACCAGAAAAUACUGUAUACCAAGACGAGAAUAUGUACGAUUGGUGUUCAGAAUAUGAGGAUGAUCCUAAUACGCAUCCAUGGAUAUCUUACUAUUUGAAAUCAAAAAGAUUUGAAAUAACUGGAUACUAUUUACGAACAGGUGGUUGUCCUCAUGGAACCUGUUACGUGUAUACUGAAAAAACUUGUGCUAAUUGUUUCCUUUUCAGUUGGUCUCUGCAAAUAUCAGAGGACAACAUAAAUUGGACCGAAAUUCAUAACGUUUCCAGAGAUUAUGAAAUUGUAAGAUGUGGUGAGAAAAUAUAUAAAUUUGAUAAAAAAUAUUCUACGAAAUAUAUUCGAUUUAUGCAAACUGAGCCGUUUCCGGGUGGGUUGAAUUGUAUGGCAUUGAACUCCCUCGACUUUUACGGAACUACUUCACCAGAUCUAGUAUUUGAAGAAUCAGAUCAAGAUAUAGAUGAUGUAUCUAUUAUAGGUCGUAUGCCAAAGAAUAGACAAAUGUCAAAUAGAUAA